AUGAGCACAUGGGGAACCUUUGGACGCCGCAGGCACAAUGUUCUCCAUGUGAUGGUCUGUAGAGCCGCAAAUGGGAUUCACACCGCCCUCGGCACCUUCGUGCUGAUAAGGAGUUGGCUGUUUGGAGAUGCCUUUGAUCCAAGCAGAGUUUCGGCACCACAGACCAUCACAGAGCUUCACUUCACACCAUCGAAGGCUCGGAUCACUCUCAAUUGUCUAUCCAACUCCAUUCCAGCACACUAUGAGGAGCAAGCGGCCGCGGCAGUGUCGAGCCAGUGUCUGAAAACUUGGACGGUCCAGCAGUGUUACUACCUCCUCUCAGGCGCUCCGAGUGUUGUAUCAGCCACGCUUGUAGGAGGAAGAACCCUUAGAUGGCCUACCUUCCAUCGCGAUUCUUCAUCCACAAGCCUGUUGGGAGGUAGCAAGGCCUCGCAGCGUCUCACCCUGGUCGGACUUCUGCUUCUGCCUCCAUUACCAUGGCACUCAACUCGAUUCGACGCGAGCAAUUCAAGUCCCGCGGUUUCUUCUAAUGAUUCCGCAUCCAAGUUCCAAGCUCGUAAUCGGAGUCGCCUCCAACUCAGCGAUGGCAAGCGGGUAAACCGUGCUUGCAUACGUGGCUUCGAAAAUGAUCUUUACUCUUCUGCUGACUCGGCCUUGGAACAGGCCCAGCAAGCUGUUCAAUCGAAGUUUGGAAAUUGCGGCAAGUCGAUGAGUACAUCCGAAGAGGUUGAAUCAAUCUUGGUUAUAGGAGUCGUACUAUGCGAUUUCAUGUUCGUUCAGCGUGCUGCGGCGCGGCGGGAAAUCGCUGUCGUAUUCGAAACGCCGAGGUAUUGGCCAGGAAGAUUGAAGAGGCAAGCUUGCUUUCUUGCCAUUGCUGGCGCGCUUCGGCAUUGCUUGAAAGAAUUCUGCGAGGUCCCAGGAAUUGUCCUUUGUGACAAAGAUCCAGUGCUUGACGGACCUUCCAGCAACGCGGAUGUUGUGGUAGCCUCCAAUGAAGACAUGGCGAGCCUGAGCAUUGCCGAUACCGGAACUUUUGAAAGACGACAUGGCGUAGGGAGUGACGACGUACUAAGAAGGGUAGACUACGAUCCUGUUGUUGCUACAUUGGGUCAACGCAUGCUAGCAAGGAGUAGUGAGGUGUUGCGCUCAUCGCCGCGAAGCACUCUGAAAUUCCCGCUGCCACACUCGCCAAUCGUGUCUGAUGUACGUCCUCCUCGCCAGAGCUGCCAUCUGAUGCGAGCUUUGAUUGCGCGCUGGAGAAGUUGUCGUGGUUGUAUAGGUCAGAGUUCCAAGGCGGAGGUGACGAUUGACGACAUGACUCAUGGAAUGCAUGUCUUUGCACAAGCAAUUUGGGCUCAGGCGAACCAGCGAUGGAGGUUUUUGGCCUGUGAUAAGUGCUUGAGCUGCUUAAGUGCAGAAACGGUCAUUUAUUUAUCCUGUGCGCUGGCUAUCAUCUCGUCUUUCUCUUACUCCCCGCCGAUGACUUCUCGAAAGCCUGCUCCAGGCAGGGAUGCAUCAAGGCCUUUCGAGUCGGGGCAGUUGAGAGCCAUAGAGGAGUCAAACAUCUGCAUAGUCCUUGUUUUAGGCAAUAAGGGCGAUCCAGAUCCCAUGUUAAACGACUACGUGGUCCUGAUUUCAGUCGACAAGGAAGCUGUAGGGAAUGUGCUGUUGCUGUCGAGAAAAUACCUUCAUAGCUUGAGGAGUUCUAGUCGUAAGUCAAACGCCUGCAUAAUCCCGAUUUCAGGCGAUAAGGAAGAUCCAGAUGAUGUGGUGGUACUGUCGAGACGCUAUCUUCAUGGCUUGAUGGGCGCUGGUGGUAAGUCAAACGACUGCGUGGUCCUGAUUCAGUCGACAAGGAAGCUGUAG